ACCUGAUCAAAUUCUUGUAUUAAGAAUUCGGGAUAUAUCUUUCAGUGACAUUUUCUCCGUGAGUGGUUUGGUUUUAAAUGAGCAAUUUUUACUAUGAUAGUGGAAUACCAGGAUAUUUUUAGGCUAGGUUAUCCUACUGUGAAAUUUUCAAACCGUAACAUCCCUAUUCCUGACUGCCUUAUUCUCCGCACAGCUGUCCUGUAUUUGUACAGACAUAUCCACCACUUGAUCUAUUUUUCUAUUUUUUAUUUAUUUAUUUAUUUAUUUAUUUAAAAUUCCCGAUUGAAUAAUCUAUUUUUAAGCUUUCUGGAAGGUGUAACGCAACCAAACUCUGCGUAUCCUCCCAUGCAGUUCAUUUUCCAGCAUGUCUGUUAAACCUUGUUACUUUUCAUGUUCGCAAGGGUUCCUUAACAGAUUUCUGCUCAACUUAUUAAAGCACUGGCUCCAUUAAGUGCGAGUGUGUGCGCGCGAGUGCGGUUUUUAGACUGUCUGCACUCAUUCUGUGCUUUUGAUUAAUAGGAUACACAUUCAGAUUAGAUUGCUUGUGUGUCAUUUCAUAUGCUUAAUUGCAUUUGCUGGUUCUUGCUCGAUUUCUUUGUUUCCUUCAGCAUAGUCUCCUUCCCGCUUACCCAGAUCAGCCCCAUUUUAGAAUCUCUGUGCUACCUCACUCUCUCCAGAUGGCUCAAGUUCCAGCAUUUUUUCUUCCCCCCCCCCCUUUUUUUUUUUUGUUUAAACAACGUAUGCCCCACCCUGUGGUCUGAAGUUCCGCAAUGAGCCUUCUUGUCAAGGUGCCAGGUUUUAGAUUCAGCGUCUUGUAAGAAGUACAUUUUCCUCUUACUGCCCUGAAAGCACAGGAGCUUCAUGCCCCUCCCCUUACUCUCAUGCCCCUUCCCUCCCGUUCUCUUUUUUUUUCCUUCUUUUUCUGUCUCUCUCUUUCUCUCUCUCUCUCUCUCUCUCUCCCCCUCUCCCUCUUUUUCUCUGUCUUCGUCUGAUGUCCUGACCACUAACGGCUACAUAUUAAGAGAUAAUUCCAUACCCUGAGGUUACAAACCGGCUUAGACUGGCUCUCUCGCAUUCUGACUCCAUUGGGUAUCCUGCGUUUUUAAAAAAAAAAAAAAAAAAAAAAAAAAAAAAAAACAUAUUGUGACUCACUGCCUUUUUUUUUUCUUUUUUUAUUUAAAGGAGCAGCAGUCUAAUUUUCAACUGCACAACAAGGGAGGUCACACUCGUGCUGGAGUGCUGCUGUCUGUGAAAGUGAGCUCAUAGAGGUGACUACAGCACAAGGGAGCUCACUGCCUCGCUGUCAUUAUAGCAUCUGAAUCGCACAAAGGGUCUUGGGGGAGCCUGGAACCUAUUCCAGGGAACUCGGGACACAAGACAGGGAACACCCUGGACUGGGUGCCAACACAUCACAGGGCACAAUCGCACACCCAUUCUCACACCAUGGACAAUUUGGAGAUGCCAUUCAGCCUACAACGCGUGUCUUUGGACUGGGGGAGGAAACCGGAGUACCCAGAGGGAACCCCCGAAGCACGGGGAGAACAUGCAAGCUCCACGCACACAGGGCGGAGGCGAGAUUCGUACCCCCAAACCCAGAGGAUGGAGCGGAUGUCUGAGGAGGCGUUGAGGUUGAACUUGCUGAAGCGGGGUCUGGAACCGGCCGACGAGAGGGAGGAAGCACUGGCAAAGCGCCUGAAAAUGGAGGGUCACGAGGCUAUGGAGCGACUGAAGAUGCUGGCAUUGCUCAAGCGCAAGGACCUCGCCGCUCUGGAAGGAGCCGCUGUGGCAGAGGGGAAAGGACCUGGGGUCAGCCAGGGGCAGAUGGGUGCCUCAGUAGUGUAUGAGGAGAAGCUGAACGGGAACCUGAGGAGCACAGGUCAUGGAGGACCCAGCAAGAAUGGCAAAGAGAACAUGAUGGACGAACCUGUGGACAUGAGCGCCAAGAGGAGCGGUGUGGAGCGAGAGAGGUGUACUCCAUCUCCAGAUGUGAUUAUCUUGUCAGAUAAUGAAGCGUCAAGCCCGAGGAGCACUCCGCACCCAGAGGAGCGCCGCCAUCACCCCAACCUAGACAUGUUCAAGGGGAAGACGGACGAGGAGAGGCAGCAGAUGAUCAAAGCCCUACGUGAGGAGCUGAGGCUGGAGGAGGCCAGGCUCGUGCUGCUGAAGAAACUGAGACAGAGCCAGAUGCAGAAAGAGAACGUCGUACAGAAGGUUCCAGUCGUUCAGAAUCCCCCCUCCUCCGUGCAGCCCUCAACCAUUCACCACUCACAGGGGCUGACCAAACUACCGGUGCGGCCUGGCAUGCAUACCUCUGAGCCACAGAACCUCCGCACAGCACAGGGCCACACGGUGAUCAGGUCUGCAGCCAGUGCCUCUCUGCCCCCCAUGAUGAUGUCUCAGCGGGUGAUUGCUCCUAACCCAGCCCAGCUGCAGGGACAGAGAGUGCCCUCUAAACCUGGCAUGGGCCGGCCCUCCACAGGGAGCAUGAGCAAUGCAAUCAACUACCAGCAGGCUGCUAGCCAACAGGUGGCGGCCUCACAGCGUUCCGGCUCCUCCGCAGCCAUCUACAUGAACCUGGCCCACAUGCAGGCGGCCGGGGCAGCAGGUGUGCCAGGCGUUGGGGUGGGUGUCAGUGGUGUGAGUGCAGUUAGCCCCUCCGCACUUCCCGGCAGCUCUAGUGUGGGCUCUGUGGGCACGAUGAGUGAUCAGGCCAGCAGCCAGGCAGCUGCCAAGCUGGCCUUGCGCAAGCAGCUGGAGAAAACGCUGCUGGAGAUCCCUCCACCCAAACCUCCCGCACCCCUGCUCCACUUCCUGCCCUCUGCCGCCAACAGCGAGUUCAUCUACAUGGUGGGACUGGAGGAGGUGGUUCAGAGCGUCCUCGACAGCCAGGGUAAAAUGAGGGGUUCGCUAUCACGCAUGGAGCCGUUCUUCUGCGCCCAGUGCAGGACUGACUUCACCCCCCACUGGAAGCAGGAGAAAAGCGGCCGCAUCCUGUGUGAGCAGUGCAUGACCUCCAAUCAGAAGAAGGCCCUAAAGGCUGAACACACCAACCGUCUGAAAAAUGCCUUUGUCAAGGCACUGCAACAGGAGCAGGAAAUCGAGCAGAGGCUUCAGCAGCAGGCGGCGCUGUCCCCGAGCGCGGCUCAGACCGUCCCCAGCGUCAGCAAGGCCGAGAGCAUGAUCCGACACCACGCACUCCGACAGGCUCCUCAGCCACAGGCAGCUCUGCAGCGGGGUUUAUCCAGCUCAGCGCGUGGCGUGCUAUCUAACUUUGCCCAGGCCUCGCAGCUCUCGGUGGCCGGCGGACUGUUGGGUAUGACCAACAAGCGCUGUGGAGGAGGCAGUGCCAGCAGCAGUCGGUCACAGCACGAGAGCCGCCGACAGAUUUACAACAUCCCCGGCUUGAAUAUUGCCUAUUUGAACCCAGGCCAUAAGGCGUCCAGCCUGGCAGAUCGGCAGAGGGAGUAUCUGCUGGACAUGAUCCCCCCACGCUCCAUUUCUCAAUCCAUCACUGGCCAGAAAUGAGCUCUCUCUCUCUCUCUCUCUCACACACACACACACACACACACACACACCCACCCACACACACCCACACUGCAACCAUCACCCCUGUCGCAUGCAGUGCCUGUCCGUGUGCCUACCCAACUAACCCAUGAGAAUAACUCAGCCAGACGAACACCAGACUCUCAACUUCCAUUUCCUACUAUAACAAAGCUCUUUAUUUCUUGCUAUUGCUCUGUCAGUUAUCACCUUUAUUAUUAAUAUUAUUAUUAUUAAUAUCAUUAUUGCUUGUGUUACAGGUAUUCUUAUGUUUAUUAGUAGUUUUAGUGACUUGUGGAUUUUUUUUUUUUUUUUUUUUGACAUUUUUAUUUAUUUCUUUCUCAAGGAAGGGGCUAGAUUUCAGGGUUACUUGAAAAUGUGUUGCUCUUAUUUUCCUUCUUAGCUUCCUCCCUUUUGCACCCUGUAAAAUGAUGAGAGGCUGCUCUCACAUUUCAAAAGCCCUUUUUUUUUUCUUAUUAUUAUUAUUAUGUAGCCCACGUUGAAGCUUACGUCUAUAGAACGUGAACAGUUCACCUAAUGCCAUUUGGUAAACAAUCUUUGUAGCAAACACAUUUCAAAGAGAAAGAGCCCUGGUGGAGACUGCGUCUGACAGAACGACGGACUUUUCUAGUAAACCAAUCCUAAUGCACUGAGACGCUGACGGCUGUUCUGCCUUGAGAAGGCAACGUGAUACGAGAACACUAGGUCCUGUGUGCAGAAUCAUUGAAGGAUGUUUAGGUCACGUACUACACGGCAGAAGGAUGGUUGAAAACGAGCAGCGACAGAAGCAUCGUGAUCAAGCUAAAACCAUGCAGCGUGUUUCCGAUGAAGGCUGCCGUUGAAUAUACAGGAUUUACAGCACGUUUGGAGGCCCGGAUUAGCGCAUCUUCCACGUCCCCUCAAUGCCUUUAAUUUCAUGACAUCGAUGCUGUGAGAUCGUCUCUUGCAGUGCCGUGUGUUUAGCCGCAUAUGGAGGAAGUGAGCAUCCGAAUGAACCUAAUUUCCUUUGUCAGUCUCAAUUCUCCUUCAGCGUCCUUAAUUUUCUAUUUCUCUCUUUGGCGGCGUCUCCUGCUGAAAUGGUUGCGUAUCUGAGAGGUACUCACCACAGGAGACGAUAAUCAUCAAAAUGGUAAAUGGACAAAAAAAACUAUUCAAAUAUCUAUAUGAUUUUAUGUAUAGAUUCUUAGCAUGAGAUGAGAUAAGGUUGAAAAGAUGGAGGUCGUAUAUCUAUUAUAGCAUAGGCAAGGAUCAAUCACCGUGAUGGGGCAACUCAUGUGAGAUGCCUUUUUCUCCAGGAGCACUUUUUAUUUUUUAAAUCUCGAACUGUUUAAAGAAAAAAAAGGAAAAAAAAAUGGUUAGGACGAGGACAAGAAUGUUUCAGCUCCCAGGCUCUUGAGGUAUGGAUGUCACCAGACCGUCUCAGAGAGAGUUAGUAGAGACCUUGUUGAGAAUCUCAGACCAUCGGUUCAUUUCUGCUGUUGAUCCUGUCAGUGCCUCGGGUCCUCCAGUACAUUUCUGUAACGUUUUGUAACCGUCUACACUUUUCUACAUUUCAGGCCAGAAUACAAACAAACAGGGCAGUAUGGCAGAUGUUGCACAAGAUGGCAGCAUUUGCAGUGUUUGGUCAGUAUGCAGUAUUAGAUUCUCCUGUAAGUUUCAGGCUGAGAUCAAAAUACUUUGUUUUUCGGUGCUAGACAGCAUCCAAACUGCAUUUUCUCACUCUGCUAGUGAAUUAGCACUUAAUUGACUCUUGUCAGUUGCUUUAUUGAAGCAGUAUGUGUAGAUUGCUCAGCAAAAUACAAAUGGGUGACAAAGGGGGAAAAAAAACUGGUGGUUCUGCUAUGCUUUGAAGGUUUUUACUGCUGUGGUUUGGCAUGGAAGGGUCACUACAAAUCAAUACGAAGCUCUUCGGACUGAUCACCUUUAUCCUAUGGUGAAAGUUUUUUUUUAAUUUUAUUUUAUUAUUUUUUUUAUCCUGACUAGAGUGAUCUCUUCCCCCAUCCACAGGCCACAAGGGCUCACUGAAUGGUUUGAUGUAUAUGAAAUGUUGUAAAUCGUAUGGCUUUCAGUCACCAGAUCUGAACUCAAAUCAACACCUUUUGGAGAAAGUGUACAGCGACAGGUUUCUCCACCCGCCAUUAUCAGAAUACCAGUUGAGGGAGUAUCUUUUGGUAGAAUGGUGUUUAUCCUUCCAGUACAAUUCCACAGACUAGCGUCUGUUACAUUUUUAGAUGGUUCUGGUGUUUCAUGGUGGUCCAGCAACUUCCAGAGACACUUUAGGUCUUUAUCAGUGUGGCAGUGGAUCUGGAGCUUAUUCUUGGAACACUAGCCGUGAUAAUGGUGUGCACCCUGGGUAUGAUGCCAGUUUUUUUUUUUUUUUUUUCCCUCCAUUAAUUUGUCACCCAUUUGAUCGUGUUAAAUGUUAUUGUAAUCGUUGGCACUCUGCAAGAACUUGGGUAGUUCCAUUAACAUCAGACUACAACACGCACUGAAAUCAUGUUACAUAUGAGCGCUGGCUCAUAAAAGUGCUACUUUUUGUUUUGUUUAGGUUUUUUGUUUUAAAGAAAAGUGACAAAAUCAAGUUCACCAAUGUGUGUUAUGUGGUUCUGGGAAACCAUUGUUUUAAAAGCUAUGUGUAUUGUUCCUGCUUGGGACAGAAAGAAGCAACUUUUUAAACAAAGUCAUUAGCUGUGUUUCAGAUUGCGUAAUUGUGCACCAUCCUAGACGGUUUUUGACUUUUUGUCUAGUGUGUGUUCACAUUGAGAAAUGCCAACACACCCCGGCUGGUGUACUGGAUUUGCUGAACAAAUGAAGUGUGGACACUUUUUGCACUAACCUGUCCCAUCAUGCACCACAGAACAAAGCGGAGGGGCUUGCAGCAGACAACAGCCGUAUGUGCGUCUGCGGUGUCGUUUUAAACAUUCCCAAACGUUUCAUUUAAAAAGGAAAAAAAAAAAAAAAUUACGUAGCACAGCAAAUGCUAGUUAAACUAGCUAGCUAACAUCAGGUAGCACUGAACCCAAUCUGGCACUGUUGUUUAUAUUGUGUGUUGUUAAUGUCAUUUCCCUUAAGUACAAAACGGUUUGUAUUUGAAUCUAUUGAUUGUCAUGUACAAACAGUCAUAGACUUGAGACACAGCUAUUAAAACUACCUUGGCUUUGAUUCACAGGUGCAAUAUUAAAUGAUAAAGUUUACGCUUAAGAGAUUUCUUAGUUUCCAGUUUUGCUGACUAUAAUCAGUCCCCUUUAAAGGCAUAUGAUGAUUUGCCCCUCUGAUUUGAGUGUCUUGUAGGCUGUGUAUAGUCAGUCUCCCUUCUCUCUGCUAAUCUCUCUGCCAGACUGUAAUGGAUGCAUCCAUACACGUUUAUUUCGAUCUACCAGUCGGAUUUUGAAAUGUCAUUUUCUAGGGUUUUAAAACGAAACUUCCUUUGGUUUCUUGCUUUAGUUUCCUUUGAUUUGUUUAUUUAAUUUGUGAAUUUCAUACAAAAAAACUUACAUGUAAUCAAACAAAACAAAAAAAGAGCUAUGAGAUGGCAACACAAUAUUUACUAGGUCAUAAGUAAUAAUGACUUAUUGUACAUAUGCUUUUUUUUCUCCUUUGAAUUAAAAAAUGAAAUUAAAAUGGUUGUAUAUUGUGUAGAAACGCAAGCAAAAAGCCAUGAAUAUUGUGAAGCUUGUCAUUUUGUUUAGUGAUCACUGUGUAUUAUUGUGUAACAAAUGUGCAAAAUGUAUGGGAUUAUACUUCUCUUGUUUUUGAGCUCUUUUUGAUGCAUUUUUCUCCCAGGCUGUAUGUUUUUGUAGUAUGUAGUAUUUGCAAAAGGAAAAAAAAAAAUAUGUCCUGGUGGAGCAUUUGAUCCAUUCUCCAGUCUUAGGACUAGGACAUAAUGGGAUAAUCUUGUAUAUGUUAUUUUUUGUGUGUGUUGCUUUUUUUGUCAAUAACAUUGAAGUUAAACCAAUGUUUGGUGAAUGCAUUGAUUUCUCUUGUUAUCCCAUGCAAAGUGUUGGCCUCACACAGACGCAGUGGAUCAGACAUUUGACAGUAUUACCCCAAACCUGACCAAACCCAAAGCACUCAGCUGUAGAUAUGACCUGAGACAAUGCACACUUCAUUUACGUUCAUUUACCUUGAGUUCAACUACAGGGUGUCCUUUACACUUUACACUUUUGGGAGACAAUGUAAAUCCUCAUUUUCUACUUCUCAUGCUAUACCAUCUUAUUUCAUUAUGCCUUUUAUUCAUGUCUUGUCCCGAGUGGGGGAUUUCACAAUGCUCUUAAUUUUCCAUGGAAGAAUUGUAUACAUUGUAUACGUCCACAGGUUAAGGAAGAUGUUUGCCUUUGACUGUUCUAUUGCUUAUUGCUUUCAGUUUAGUACAUUUUUAAGACAAAAAGAGUAAGACAACUUUGCACACUUUUUAAGUAUUGAUUAUAAAGAGUGUGACCUUCUUUCAAUUUUCAUUAUCAUAGACUAACUGUCCGUAAUUCCUUGAUUGGACAAUCAGCUUUUCUGGAGACGAGCAUUUUAGUUUACGUCUUUCCACCAUGUAAUGUCUCUCAAGUACUCAGAUCAUUGUUUCACUUUUUUUCUUUUCUUUUUUUUUCUGUGAAUUUUUUUUUUUUUUUUUCCCCCUUAUUUAGUAUUUGUGGCAAAAUACAAGUCACUUUUGAUGAAGUGUGGGAGAAAGUGGCUUUAUAUUAUUAUGGGUUUUUUGUUUUUUACGUAACUCCUUUUUUUUUUUUUUUUUUU